GGAACCUUAAAAAAUAAUCAUCAGACAUACCCACGUCAGAAUAGGCCACACACACACACACACACACACACACACACACACACACAAAACUCGCGCACCCAAAAAAAACGUAACUCCUUUCCGAAUUCCAAUCUUCAGACACAUGGCGGCCGACUGAAGUAAAGAACACCGGUUUGUUUCUCAUUUUUGCCUUCUGUUUUUGCUUUUCAGUCUCCCUUUUUCUCCCAUUUCCCUCCUUUAACAUUUUGCUUUGCAGCCAAACACUAUAGGUCACCGUAAUCUCGUUCUGCCAUCAAUUUUUGGGUUUAACUCGUUGACCAAACUUUACCUACUGUAUUCUCCAAAUCCCAAGUUUUUGUUCACCCCCAGUAUAUAUAAAUGCCAGUUUAACAAACCCAUUUUUGUUUUUUAAGGUUUAAUCCAUUCUGGGUUUCUCUGGGUUCUUCUUUGUUUUCUGCUCCUUUUGUUUUUUUAAUUUGAUUAAUUUACGCCGGGAUGUCAGGUCGAGGUGGGGCCCCGCCACCGCCGUCAGAUGCCCAAAUCAGGAUGCAGCCACGGCGUGGUAACAACAACACCAUUCACCCUGUGCUGGGCCCGACGCCACCCGGCGGCGGCGCUGGCUCGUCGGCUUCCUCCUCGGCGUCCAACAACCCAGCUGCCCUGUACAGUGAAUUAGUUGCCAAGCACUAUAGGAAGUGGUUCCCUUGGUUGAUACCGGUUUUUGUGGUGAUCAAUGUAGCCAUGUUUCUGAUCACCAUGUACAUUAACGACUGCACCAACAAUUCUGUUUCCUGCUUUGCUGGAUUUCUCGGCAGGUUUUCUUUUCAGCCAUUGAAAGAAAAUCCGUUGCUUGGGCCUUCCUCCACCACGCUAGAGAAGAUGGGCGCUUUAGAUGCUAAUAAAGUGGUCCAUGAACAUCAGGGGUGGCGGCUUGUUACAUGCAUGUGGCUACAUGGUGGCAUUCUUCAUUUGCUGGCCAAUAUGUUGAGUCUUGUAGUCAUUGGCAUUCGCCUUGAGCAAGAAUUUGGCUUUGUUCGCAUUGGACUGCUCUAUGUCAUCUCCGGACUUGGUGGAAGUUUGUUAUCAGCUCUCUUCUUAAGGUCAAACAUAUCUGUUGGUGCUUCCGGUGCUCUUUUUGGUUUACUUGGCGGCAUGCUCUCUGAAUUGAUUACUAAUUGGAGCAUAUAUGCCAACAAGGUGGUAUCUUUCAUAACCCUUGUUGUCAUAAUUGCUAUAAAUUUGGCAAUGGGACUGCUACCGCACGUGGACAAUUUUGCUCAUAUUGGAGGGUUUCUUUCUGGGUUUUUUCUUGGGUUCGUGUUUCUCAUACGUCCCCAGUUUGGAUGGGUCAACCAGAGAUAUGCUGGUCAAGGACACUCUCCGUCAUCUCCCAAACCAAAAUUCAAGACUUACCAAUGCGUCCUUUGGGUCAUUUCUCUGAUUAUUCUCAUUGUUGGGUUCACUUUUGCUCUGGUCAUGCUGUUUCGGGGGGUGAAUCUGAAUGAGCAUUGCUCAUGGUGUCAUUACAUGAGCUGCGUUCCAACUUCAAAGUGGAGCUGCAACUCACAGCCUGCAUCAUGCGUGGUGAGUAACCAUUGAUCUUUUCAAUACCAUGUGAGAAAUGCUUUUUGAGUCUUCUGAUCAAAUAAAGAUUGCAUAGGUUAAAACACUCACAAAUUUAUUACGACCUGUUACAAACGACGCUGAUUUAUUGAUGAUAACAAGAACCGUGAAAAUGCUGAACCUAAUACUUUGUAAAUGUGUGUACAUAUCAUUUCAUACAUGUUUUCAUACUAGGUUAAAGAACAUGCAUUGAUAUGAAUCAUAAUCCAAUUUCAACAUGAGUAACCUCUACAGAACAACUUCGUGCAGCUUCUGAUACUAUUACUACAUUUCUUGUUUGUUUUUUAGUUUCUUCUUUAUUUGCACAUCACUUGAAUGCGUGUUGUAAUGCAAUUUUUCAGUCUGAUCAAGCUGGAAAUCAGUUUACCUUAACAUGUUCAAACAAUGGCAAACAGAAGACAUAUACCUUGCAAAAUCCGACGUCAUCUCAGAUAGAAGGGCUGUGUACUCAGCUCUGCCGGUGACCGACUAAGGAUCUUUGGAAGACGUAGGGUUAGGGUUGAAGCUGGGAGGCCUAGACAUAUACAUUUAACAUUCAUACAUGUGACUGUUUCAAAUCUGUCUUUUGUAUAUGCAAGUGUUUAUGUAGAGGGACUAUAGAUUGAUGUAAGGACGUUGAUUACAAACCAGUAUGGCCUCCUGCUGUUAAAGACUUUCAGCUUCAUGACGGGAGUUUCCCAUCUUUAAAUUUUGCUUGUGUCAGUUUUGUGUUUGCAAGAGGAAUUUGUUGGCUUAUCCUGUAAGAUUCUGCUCUCUUUUCAAUGCAGGUUUAGCCAACCUGAUGCUGAAGGGAAGAGUUUUCAACUUUUUCAUUUACAAACCACACAAGUACCCAAAAUGUUUUUAUAAAACAAC